AUGACGCAACAAGGUCAAACCGGACCUGGACAGACAUCAGGAGGCCCAGGCCCUCAGCUAGGCCCUCAGCUUCAUGAAGAAGAAGAAGUUGACGCUCAACUCGGUGAUGAGGGCGCACCCAUUAUGAACGAAGAAGAUAGCGAUGAGGAAACCGAGUCAGAAGCAUCGUCUGCAGGAGGAUCUGCUGCUAGCGCGCAAGAUCUUCGAGAUAUACUAGCAGGGAUGAAUGAAAGGAACGAAGGAGUUCAGAAGGAUCUAGCCCAACUGCUAGCCCUUAUGAUCAAGGACAAGAGGCGCGAACACAAGACGGAAACUCGGAAAGCUAGCGACUUCAAAGGCACAGAGACAGCUAGAGAAGCCCGUAACUGGCUUCAGAGCAUGGAAUUCUAUUUCGACAAUCGCAGCGUUCAAAGCGAUUCCGAAAAGAUCACCACCACACUGUCUUACUGUGUUGGAAAAGCUGCCGAGUUCGCCAGGCGUACCAAGGAGGAAAAGGACAAAGGCGAUAUCAAGACAUGGAAGCAGUUCAA